GAAAAACAGAAACAUGUGUGUGGUAGAAUACAAGCAUUAUUAAUUUAUCAUUCACAUGCAAAAUACGGUAAAUCGAUACUUUGUGCGCAAGUGCCAUGCAUGGCCAAGGAUUUCAUCUACCAAGCUGGGCUAAGAUUCUUAGUUGUUUAUUUCGUGGCCAGAGAAUGAUUUCCACGGUACAAAAGACAUAUGAGGAUGCUGUGUCAGCUUUGAAUACAUUGCAGACAAAUGCUCAAGUUCUUGAUAAAAUACGUCAAAGAAAACAGCCGGGAUGUCCUUCAAACAAUCUCCCUACUGUUGUCAAUUUUCUGAACAGAGCAGAUAUGACUGUUGAUGAACUAGACAGUCUGAAUAUCAUACAUGUAAGCGGAACUAAAGGCAAAGGCUCAGUGUGUGCUCUUUGCGAGAGUGUGCUGCGUGCAUGUGGUUUCAAAACCGGCUUUUACAGUUCGCCGCAUUUAGUUGAAGUCCGAGAGAGAAUAAGAAUAAAUGGUCAGCCAACUUCCAAGCAAUCAUUUGCUGAUAAUUUAUUUACUGUCUACAAUCGUCUGAUAGCUACCAAAGAUCAAUUCGGUGGUGAGAUGCCUGCCUACUUUCGGUUUCUGACGAUAAUGGCAUUUCAGAUAUUCUUACAAGAAAAGGUUGAUGUUGCUAUUAUAGAAGUUGGAUUGGGUGGGGCGUAUGAUUGCACUAACAUAAUUAAAAAUCCAGUUGCAGUCGGUAUUACAAGCCUUGGUUUAGAUCAUAUCCGUGUCUUAGGAGACACCAUAGACAAAAUUGCCUGGCAGAAGGCAGGCAUAUGUAAGCCAAAUCGUCCGGCAUUCACAGUCCCACAACCUCAAGAUGGAAUGAAAACAAUUUAUGAACGAGCAAAAGAGCUUAAGACUUCUGUUCAUUGCACUCCCAACAUUGAUGAAUAUGACUUCCAAGGUAGACCUCUGAAGUUAGGAUUAGCCGGUGACCAUCAACGCAUCAAUGCGUCACUAGCGUUGCAAUUAUGCAAAACAUGGUUAGAGGAAACGCACCCAGACUUCAUCAGUUUCGAAGAUGUGGACUGGGAACCUAAAUCUAAGAGAGCUCUUAUACAAUGUGAAGGUGAAGGGGACACAGCCAGUGCAUGUGGCAUGCCCGUUAUAUCGCCAUUUGUUGUUCCCCUUGUUUUCAUGCAAGGAUUACAGGACUGCUAUUGGGCUGGCCGUACCCAGACAUUUAAGCGAGAAAACGUAACAUACUACCUCGAUGGUGCGCACACACCACGGAGCAUACAAGCAUGUAUUAAAUGGUUUACAGAAGUUGCCGAAGAGGAGUCAAAGACGAUAGAUGGUCCUGUUGCUAAGGCACUUGUGUUCAAUUCAACUGGAGAUCGAAAAGACAGUGCAUUGAUUUCACCAUUGAUGGCUUGUGUGUUUGAUGGUGUUGCAUUUUGUCCCAACAUUGUUACUGAAGACACAUCAGGGAAUUCAGCAGAUCAAACAAAUUAUAACACCACAUUGAGUAAGCAACUCAACAGAUGUCAGGGGAACAAUGCUAUUUAUGAGUUGCUGUCAAAAACUUCACAUGUACAUCAAAACGAUGUUAGCUCUGAAAGCAAUGGUAUGCCAAAUUCAGGAGGUGUUACAGAAAUAAAUGGAACUAAUAUUAAUUCAGUAGAUUUAAUUAAUAAUGAGAAAGCCAUUGAUGUUACAAGUAAUGGUUCUUCCAAAGUCACUCAACCGAAAGAGCAGGCAAGUGCGAAGAAAGUCGUAAAAAAGAAUGCUGUGUUUGGAUGCAUCUCUAAAGCGCUGCAAUGGUUGGCUGGUUUAAAAGACAGCAAGUUAGGGGGCCCAUUACAAAGUGGUCCAUCUACCCCAGUUCCCUUACAAAAUGCGGUUCACAUUCAGAUUCUUGUCACUGGCAGUCUACAUCUCAUUGGAGGCACGGUUAAGUUAUUGGAUCCAAAAUUGGCAACAAUGCAAGGAGGUGAUACUGAAAUUAAGAAUGGAAAAACAGAAGUUCAAAGGAAUUGAACCUGGUCUGGGUGAUUACUAGUCUCUUCAAACCAAAACCGACGGCACCAAACCAACUGCACCCAAACACUUUGAUAAAUAAUUAAUCAACAAUAAUUCCAGAACUAAUGAUAAUUAAUUAUUAGUCAAAUGAAUUUGAUGCAGAAGUGUAUCUGGGAAGUACAUGAGGAAUGCACAUCAUCCCGAAAAAGCUCAGUUCCCCAUUGAAAAUGUCUGAAGCAAAAAAAAUCACCUUAUUUUUCAACCGUAAUCAUCCCCACUCCACAUUAGCACCCCAAUCAGCCUCGCACAUAUCAAGACUAUUAAAACACCACUGAUUUUAUGAUAAACAUAACAGUAUAGGUAGUUGUUUUAAUAUAUUACUUUUCCAGAGUAGUGUGAAAAGUUGUACAGUACUUCAUUAUGUCAUACAGUACUGCUAUGUCACCUACUAGGGGUAAUGUUUUGAUUGGUUAAAAGUAUGUAUUAUACUUUCUUAUCUGAGAUUAAUCAGUGGACCUUUCGGUACUUCAUUAUGUUCAAUAAAUACAGUACAUUGAAACAUGAAAGUACCUUUUAUUCUCAAAAAUUAAUUCUCUUAUAUACAGUGAUAAGUAAAGUUACCAAAAAGAAUUAAACAAUAAAGUUCAACCUGAAUAAAGUAAUGAUUUGAUGAUAAACUCAACAGCAUCUAUUAAAAAAAAAUAUAUAGCAACUCAGGUAUUUUAACAUUGAUACAUGAUAUAAAUUCAAAAUUUAUUAUUUUUUUAUUAACAAAUACAUAUAUUUAUUUUGUCUUAAAUUUUCAUACCUUAUUAUAUUUUUCAUUGUAAGUAAUUUGCUUCUCUUAAAACAAUAACUUGAUUUUGUAUAGGUUUAGUGUCUACUAGCCCAAUAUUUAUUCAACUAGAUAUACGGAAAUAAUGUUAAUUAAAAAAUACAUUACUGUGGAUCAAGUUGGUUUUGGAACCAGUUGUCUUUUGGGUUGUUGGUUUUAGUACAAGUUGGUUUGAGUCCUAGGUGCUGAACACUGCCCAUAAUUAUACAAGAGCAGAGGCAGAUGGUUGGCCCUUUGAGACAGGACACUGUUGGUUACCACAUCCAUCAUUCUUUGUUGUAAAUUUAUGCGACACCAGUUAGCUGAUGUAAGACAAAUAGACAGUCCUUGCAGUAUGCACUGCAGUAUAUUAAUCAGUGGCAUAUCUAGAAGUCUUGAAAUGGGGGGUGUUCGAAGGUGGGUGGGGAGCCUCGAUGGUCAGUUAAGGGGUGCUAAUAAGGGGAUUUUUAACUACUUGACCAUAAUUUUUGGGGAAUGACUGGGAGAAAGCAAGUAAUUUUUGGAGGGGCGUGCACGCACCCCCCCAGAUAUGCCACUGAUAUUAAUGGCAAAUUACUAUUAUUGUUAAUUUAAGCAGUAAUUGUAACUUGAAAAUGGAAUUGCCAGCAAGAUGAUCUAUGUUAAUAUUUUACAUUUAGUUGCAUUUUUUUUUUGUAGUUUCUGUAAUUUAUUCAUUGUGGGGAGUGAUUUGAACAGCGGUUAUGGUCCAGGAUCUCAACCUUUAAGAGCAGAGCUUUGAUCCUGUGCGUGUGAAUUAUUUGCACCUCCUCCCCAACCAUAGUGGAGCUGAGGUGGUGUAGACUCUUGUGAACCCACUGCCAAAUCCUGCAUCCGCCCCAGCAAUAUGAUUACUACUAGCAGUAAAUGGAUGAGGUUCUCCCACGGGAGGUGAGCAUGCAGAAUUUGAUCCAAUAAUGUGAAGCACAAACAGACUUUGUUGGAUUUCUGCCCCUCACUUUUUGAAAGAAAAGUUUGCUAUUAAAAAGGUGUAAAAUUCUUGCACUAUGAACAAAUGGAUCUUUCUAAUAAUAAUAAUAAUAAUAGUUAGAUUUGUAGAGCACAUCAUGCGAAAAAGCCUCUAUGCGCUUGGUGAUUGAGCUCUUUGAGUUCAUUUUGAGAAAAAAGAAAGUUUUUGAGUUCAUUUUGAGAAAAAAGAAAAUUUAAAGGGCAGUAAGCCUGCCCUUUAAAUAUUGUUAAAGGUCCCACAAAACAAUAGCGUAAAUGUACAUAAACAUUGCAUUUGUGGGGCAAGUGUGCUGGACACGUGCAUAUUCCUGGUCUAGUACUGCUCUGAUUGGUCAGUAAAGGUUGACACUCCAGAAAGGUCUAUUGUAAAUUUGUCAUGCUUUUAUAUUGAGGCAUUCCAAAACCACUCUCAAAACUUAACUCUAUCAGUCACCUUUUUCCACAAAAUAGGUGAAUUAAAGUAACAUAUAAAUGAAUGCAAGUGCAAAGUAAUUGCACUAUAAUUUCUAAUAGUAAAAGCAUUUCUUGGGUGUACAUCAAUGAUAUUAUUCCAGUACUUUAUUAUUAUUUAUAUACUGUAGUAUAAAUGGUUUUUUAAAAGACAUUUUUUUUUCUAUUUGUGAACACUUAUUUUUGUAAUUAAUAAUGUCGGUAUACUGUAAUGAUGUCAUUACAGAGCAUUUAUACUCUUUAAUUUUCAAAUGAUUUUAAGAAUUUAAUGAAAUUAGAAAUUACUGUAUGCAGGUAGCACUGAUAGGAAAGAAAAAAAUCUGUGUCUGUCCUUAUUGAAUUCGUAUUCAUAAAGAUUUUUAUUUUCCACUUGAAUUUUAUUAAUAAAGCACUUUUUAAAAAAACAGA